AGCCCUCUCCCUUUCUUUUCCCUUUCUCUCACAAACUCUUUCCGUUCUGGCGAAGUACUUGUUUGCUGGCUGUGACACUCUCCUCUUUCUUUUUCGUCUCCUUUUUUUUUCACCCUUUUCACCAGAUAUUAUACACCACAACCCGCACACACACACACACACGUACCGCAGUCUUCAUCCACAUAUACUAAUAGCAGCAGCAACGGCACUAUAUCACAACAAAAAAAAACAAUGGAUGCGACACAAUCAAGAGGAUCAAGGAGUUUUCUAUUUCCAGAUCGACUUGUGUCUUCGAUCGUACACAAAUACCGACGUCGACGGAGUAAACGGGAACGUGCAGACAGUGGGCAUCAUACAAACAUGACGACCGAGGAAAGACAAACAGCAGCAGGAGGGCUAGCAAUAACAGUAGCAGAUAAUACUUAUGGCACAUAUGGUGCCAGCAGCAGUAGGGGUCGCAACAUCAACAACAAUAGAUAUGUUAAACAACAUACCCCUCAGCAACAUCCAUACAAUGAUCGUCACCACCAACAACAACAACAACAACAAAGACACAGCAUACAAUCCACUUCAUCGUCGUCACAGGACGACGACGAUGACGACGUUGUUCAAGACAACACUAGGGCUUCCUUUAGAUCCGCGUGUUCCGGCAUGACCCCACGAAAUGCCCCUUCAAUGACCGCCGAGUCAGGCAUGUCUGUGCGAUUACAACACUAUCAUAUCGGCACACCUGUUUCCUAUAGGCUCCACCGCAACAGCAGUAGUAACAAUGAUGCUAAUGAAAAUGAUGAUCAUUCUUUAAAUUCCGCCCGUUCUGGUGAUUCUGCCACUAAUCACUUACAGCAUGACACUUUUAUCAGCCAGCAACAACAACAACGACAGGAGGAACAGGAGCAACAAAGACAGCGACGAUAUCAAAGAAUGUAUCAAAAGCAUCGGCGAGAGCUUCAACAAGAAGAGGAACAAGAACAACAGGAUGGAGAGCGACGAGCGUCGUUCUUCUCCAGACGACCACGCGUGCGACAAGGAUCAAGCAAUCCGAGUAUUGGACAUUCGUGGCGUAUCCGACGAGCGCGUGGAGCCAUGAUGGAGGAUCAGUCUUUACCGGACUUUGAAAUGCAGGUGUUUUGUCCUACCUGUGAGAAAUGGGUCCAGUCGCGAAUUCGGUAUCGUCUAGGCGCAUUAACCUGGCUCGUAGCAUUUAUACUAUUCAUGUGCACGGUGUUUUUGUUCUGGGUACCAUUCUAUGUAAAAUACUUCAAAGGUAUAAACUUCAUAUUACUCGCUACUACUACAACUUGGUGCGGGGAAGGCUCACAACCGUUUCUUUCAAGAUGUGGUCCAUUAUUGUCCAGCCUGUGGUACGAAUAUCGGGAGACAUUCAAAGCUAUGAUUGAAACAAAAUAAUAUUUAUAAUAAAGUAGUGAUAAUGAUACAAGAAAGAUACGCAAUAAAUAUAUUGCAACAAGC